CGAUCGAUAGGAAAAUUACAGCUGCCAGCCGGCCGGAUCGGCGGUGUGUCUGUGCGAGCAGGGGCGCCUGUACCCGGCCUGUGUGCUAAUGCUCUCUCGCGCUGCGUGGGGGUGUGUGUGUGUUUUGAUAAUGAAUCAGUGGUGUGGCCGAGGGUUUAACGGCGCUUCCUUUCCUGUUCCAAACCGCUGAAAGCCACAAGCCGCACUCCGGCGACCCGACCCGAACCUCACCCUCCGCCUCUCUCGCUCGCUCUUAAACACGGAGGUUUCGAAAACGAAACUUGUUCCCGGUUUGGGCGCACACGCUCAACACUCAAUUAAACUCGCGUGUGGGGGGUUUUGUGCGCAAGAAGCGGGAGGCGAUGUCGACUGCGCCCGCCGGGAGAGCGCUCGCGCCCGCGCCCGCGCCGGCCGGGUGGCGGGGCUCGGUUCUGUGGAGCUGCGCCGUGUCGCUGGCCCUGGCCUGCGCCUUCUCGGUUCUGCUCGGCCAGUCCCUGCAGAUCCGGCACCUGCGCGCCGAACUCGCCGAGCUCAGGCAGCGGGCCGGUGACGUGAUAAACGGAGGUCCUGACAGCUCGGGCAGCAAAGAUCCCAGGGCACUGUUGUCUCAUGUUUCAGAUGAAGAUGACAGCACCUCUAUCUCCUGGGGGGAGGGGUAUCGGCAGGGGAGGGGGUUGCAGGUGUCGGGGGAGACAGUGACGGUGAAAACUGGAGGCCUCUACCACAUCUACAGCCAGGUCCUGUAUGGGGACCACACCUUUGCCAUGGGUCAUGUGAUCAAGAAGAAUCUCCACGGCAACGAGACGAUCUUGAUGAAAUGCUCCAAGAACAUGCCGGACAGUGAGGACAAGGCCUUCAGCAGCUGCUACAGCGCAGGUGUUUUCUACCUGGAGUCGGGGUCGGUCGUGGAGCUCUCUGUGCUGCGCAAGGAUGCCAGACUCAAACUGGAGCCCUACUACACCUAUCUGGGGCUAUAUCGGAUCUGACUGGACCCACUGAGUACUGGAAAGGCACACUGACACAGUCAGGGCAUGAGACGCGCUUAGGGAUGACUGAGGGACCCUCACUGACAUGCUGACACACCGAGAGAGGACUGAGACUCACUGAGGGACCCUCACACACUGAAACAUGCUGACACACUGAGGGACUGAGAGACCCUCACUGACACACUGAAACACACUGACACACUGAGGGACUGAGACACAGUGAGACACUCAGAGACUGAGACACACUGAGGAAAUGAGAGACCCUCACUGACACACUGAGACACACUGGCACACUGAGGGACUGAGAUACACUGACACUCGCUGACACACUUCAAAAGUUGAGCUUCUACAGCAUGGCUGGCAGCUUGUUCCAGACCCCCACCACUCUCUGUGUAAAAAACACAUCCUGGUCCUACACAGCACCUGCUUGCUCAGCUCAAAGCUAAUUCAUCUGUAGUGAUUUAGCAGGUGAGAAAGACAGACAGCAACGGGCUUAUUGUAGUUUUAUUCACAAGAAAUUUAAUUUAAUGUGUUUUGUCAAUAUAUAUUUUAAAUAAAAUAUUUAAAUUAAAA